UUUUUACAACCGUGUUGAUGUCAAUCGGUUGGCAGUUCCUUUCCUAAUAAAAUUUUUGUCUGCUAAGACGUGUUUUAAUACUUUUUAAGUGUUUUAACAGUGAACCAACCAUGUCCACCGCCACCAUUCGUACCCGUAAGUUCAUGACCAACCGUUUGUUGGCCAGAAAGCAAAUGGUUUGCGAUGUCAUCCACCCCGGUUUGGCUUCUGUCAGCAAAACUGAAAUCCGCGAAAAACUCGCCGCCAUGUACAAAGUUACCCCAGAUGUUUGCUUUGUUUUCGGUUUCCGCACAUGCUUUGGUGGUGGUCGCUCCACUGGCUUUGCCUUGAUUUACGAUACCUUGGACAACGCCAAAAAAUUCGAGCCCAAAUACCGCUUGGUUCGUCACGGUCUCAUGGAAAUCAAGAAACAGACCCGCAAACAACGCAAGGAACGUCGCAACAGAAUGAAGAAGGUCCGCGGUACUGCCAAGGCCAAGAUCGGUCAAUCCGCCAAGAAAUAGAUUGUCCUACUCUAAGAUGCAGACAAACAAUAAACAUCCAAUUCCAAGUAGAUUUGUUUACAUUUACUUUUGGAGAGGUGUUACAAGUAAAGAUUCGUUUUUUCUAUUUUAAGUAAAUAAAGGAGAAGUUCAAAUUAUUUUGAAUGUGAAAUUUACGAAAAUUUAA